AAAGGGGAAAAUUACUGGUACACCCGCUGGCAGCCAGGCGGCUUCUAAAUAUAAUUAUAAUUUUACCCUCCUUACAUAUCUGAUGAUUUCUUCUUCGUUUGAUAAGCGAAUGACACGUUCGAGUAGUCUACUUCGCCGUUGACGAGCUUGAGGGUCUUUACAUGAACUGCCCAAGGAUGAUGGCCAAAACAAAGCUCACGAAGUGGAGGAUCCAUGUUAUAUCCCUAACAUGGAUUUCUUAAGGGAGACCUUCAUCUCUACUCGUCAGAACCCUGCUCUAAGGUCUGUUGCUUCCGAGUCUUUAGCCUCUUUCAGUUCUGAUACCUUCUUGGCUGAGGAUCAAUCCUUCAUAGUGAAUGCUUCUUUGAACCUUUCCUUGCAGCAGCGCGCCGCCAUUAUGGGUUUGGGGCACAAUCGGGACGUGGCUCAUCUCGUGGAACUUCGCGCGUCCCACGAAUUACUAGAGAAGGCUAGUGCUCAAGUCUCCCAACUGAAGGGACAACUCGCAGAUGAGAGAAGGAACUCAUCCAAUUUGGAGAAGCAAAUAAGUGAGCUUCCUGGGUCUGAGCAAAAGCUUAAGGAGCAGGUUUCUUUUUUGUCUCACGAGAAGGAUGAUCUUUUUAUGAAGGUGUCUACUCUCCAAGAGGACGUUCAAUAUUUCAAUGAAGAUAUCGAUACCAUGAUAAAGGAUGCAUCCACGAUCGCGAAUAAAAUUCGCAGAAAUUCUCAGGAUGAUAAGGUCAAACUUUUUAAUGAGUUUUGUGAUUCUCGCGGUAUUUCUCGUGUGCCCCUAGAGCUUGAGGUGUUUUCUAAUGACGAACCUGAACUUGUGGCUAAUUAGCCAAUUUAUACUGAUGAGGAAACAGAAACGGACGAAGAUCUCCAAGUUAAUGACUCUGAAGGCAAGAUCCCUUUAACUCAGAAAGAUGGCAAUGUCAGGACUGGUCUUCGCCAAUGUUCCCAAGAAUCGGGUGGUGAUGACGAGGAAGAAGACUAAUGUUGUAAGCUUUUCUAUAUUUAUUUUGACUGGGCGCUCCCAAGCUUGGGGCAGAAGAUAUUCUCUUUGUGAAUAAUGUAAAUGCCUCUACUUCACGCCUCCAUUGUGUCAUUGUGAGUAAUGCUAUUGUCCUUAUUUUG